AUGGCCUAUUGCAUCUGGGAUGAAGGCAUUCCAUACGGUUACGGCAACUUUUGCAAGCUACAACACGUAUACUUGAGCAAUUGUCCUCGGCUUGUGUUUGCCCUCCCCAUUUCCUCCACCAUGCCAAACUUGGAGACCAUUCAGAUCGAAUACUGCCAAAAUCUCCAAUAUGUUUUCCCACUGGAUGACAACAAGAAUGCUGAAAGGUUAGAAUCUGGUGUCACAUUCGAGAAGUUGAAGCACAUCAAGUUGUACCAUCUCCACAUGCUGGAGCAGAUAUGUGGAGCCAGAAUUAUCACCGCGCCGGCCCUAGAGACAAUCAGCCUCAGGGACUGCUGGGGUCUGAGACAACUACCAGCCGUGUCAAGCCAAGGACCCAAGCUGGUUGUUGACUGCGAGAAGGACUGGUGGGGCAAGCUCGAGUGGGACGGCUUGGAGUACGACCAUGAACCGUCACUCUUCAAGACACGCCACUCAGCCUACUACAAGAAGGCACUCCCGAGGGUCUCUGUUCUAAGGUAA